ACUCGUCGCUCAGAAACGGCAGCUGUCAAUAGUCGAAGAGUGCUGUGUAAGAAACGCGAAUUUUUUCGAUUCCUCGCAUCCCGAAGUCGCAGGAGGAAGAACACCGAUUCCGCAGAUUUUAUACACGAUGGCGUCUCUAUGCGGAAGAUUAGCUUUCAACGUCGCCAAGCGUAAUGUUUCCUACACAUCGGUGCGUUUCUGCAAAAUGAUGAACGAUCCAAUUGAACAUGCAACGGGUCUGGAAAAACGUGAGCUGCUCGCCAAGCAAGCCGGCAAUUCCGAUCCCUUUGACAUGCGGGUGUUUAAACGCGGACCGGGCACCAAAGAUCAGCCGAACCUUAUUCCAUCGGCUUUCGAGUCGCGUCUUGUUGGAUGUGUCUGUGAAGAAGAUCAAACCUAUGUUCAGUGGAUGUGGCUACAUCAGGGCCAACCCAAGCGUUGUGAGUGCGGUCACUGGUUCAAGCUGGUUGAAAAAGCCCCCGUCUAAGCAGGAGCAUGUACUAAAGAAUUAUUUGUAGAGUCAACACACGAUAUGUUACGAGAAAAAAAAAUUAAAUCCAGAAGAUUAAUAAAAUGCAACAACGUUGAACUUCUACCAAAUCGAUUAUCGAUAGUAAGCAAAAGUCCUAUAAACUUAAUAGUAUUCGCCGUGUGUUGUGCCCACAUCGUUCAUUGUGUUCUCCCAUCGGGAACAAGGCUAAGACAAAAUAUUUCGCUCUGGUUCUGUGCUAGUUCUGCUAGUUGGAGGAACGACAGUGCGGUUAGUGAAUUGGUUUUAGUGUCAUAGCUGGAAUAAUAAAGCGAAGCUUGAAAAUUUUAA